AUGGCGUGUAGCCGGGCCAUGCUCCGACUUUGCUGCCUGGGACUGGGACUCAUGAGUUUCGCGGCCUGGGAUGCCGACUUCCUCGUCUCUCGGCCCUCGGCGUUUCCGGCGCCUGGAGCUGCCGGCGAGGGCCGCGUUUGCAGGAAACCUGGGGCCCUUCGAAGGGCCUUUCCCCUAGAGAAGCUGGUUUCGGCGAAGAAGCGCAAGCGACUUGCAUCACUGGGUACAUCCAGUGUAUUGAGCUACCUGCUUCUUAAGUUCCUGAAGCACGCCAUCAUCAACGCGGUGGCUUGGUAUCUGACGGCGAAGAGGUUGGGCGUGUCGCCCUUGCAGAAGUGGCCAACCUUCUUGGCCACCUAUGCAGCCGUCUAUGUCGCCAGCACGCCGCUGCAGCCCGCGAAGUGGGCCGUAAUCGUGGCGAUGAGCCCGGUCUUGGAUCGCACGAUGGAGAAGAUCUCUGACCGAAUGGGCUGGUCCAAACAAACGACAGCAGGGGCGAUCCUGCUGGGUAUUUCUGCGCUGGGUGCCAGCGUGUGGAUGCUGGGCGUCCUGGUCGCCGGAAGCUUGGCGCGAGUGAGCAUCUGGUAA